AUGGAAGGAGAAGGUGGUGUUAACCCAGUUAAACUAAUGAUCAAGCAGUUCAUGAACGUUAUGGUUUUAAUUCUGCUUAUAGCUAUGAUCGUGUCUUUUGUCUUUAAAGACUAUGUAGAAGGUGGUGUUAUCUGUGCCAUCAUGUUUCUUAACGCCGGAGUGGGCUUUAUGCAAGAAUUCAAGGCUGAAAAGACAAUGGACUCUUUGAGACAAAUGGCUUCUCCAACUAGUCAAGUCAUUCGUGAUGGUCAUCAAAAGACUAUUCCUACACGUGAGCUUGUUCCAGGCGAUAUUCUGAUCUUGAAGAGUGGCGAUGUUAUAGGAGCUGAUUGCAGAAUUAUAGAAGCAUUCAAUAUGGACGUUGAUGAAGCUCUCUUGACAGGCGAAAGUGUUCCUGUUAACAAAGCUACAGACGCUAUUCAAGGAGAAGAUGUUCCGCUAGGCGAUCGCAUCAAUAUGGGCUAUUCUAGCACAGUCCUGACAAAGGGCCGAGGAAAGGCUAUUGUUACUGCUACUGGUAUGCAAACUGAAAUUGGUAGAAUUGCAAAAAGAUUGCUCGAUAGUGGGGAUAGCACAAAGACGCCUCUUCAAAAGUCACUUGAUCGCAUGGCCCUCGUUUUACUUGCUGUUGCUAUUAUUUCCAUUAUUAUUGUAUUUGGUGCCGCAAAGUUCCAUAUUAACGAUGAAGUCAUUCUUUAUGCUAUUUCUACGUCAAUUGCUGUGAUUCCAGAAGGUCUUGUCGCUGUUGUCACACUCACACAGGCAUUUGGUGUAUACAGUAUGGCUAAAAGCAAGGCGCUUGUACGCCGCCUAGCUGCUUUGGAGCUACUCGGAUCCGUCACCAACGUUUGCUCUGAUAAGACGGGUACAUUGACUCAAUCCAAGAUGGUCCUCACAAGGCUUUGGAGGCCAAAUGCUGGGUUUUAUUCUGUUAGUGGCAUUGGUUUUACAAUAGAAGGUCAAGUUAAACUAGAGUCUAGUGAUACUAUAGUCACCAGGGAAAACAUGGAUCAAGGUUUUCAGACACUGGUUAACACAGCAGCUUUAUGUAAUAUGAGUGAAAUUCGUAAAGACAAGCAUACAAACGAAUGGAGCGGCAUUGGAGAUCCUACAGAGGUUGCCCUUCAAGUUUUUGCACAUAAACUUCAAAAUGGAAAGCCAAGCUUAAUCAAGAAAAACAACCCUGAUGAUAGCUGGGAUCUUGUUGCCGAGUACCCCUUUGACUCGUCAAUUAAGCGUAUGAGUGUCCUCUGCCGUGCUCCCAAUGGUAAAACUGUUGCUUUUCUGAAGGGUGCCACAGAGCGUGUUCUCGACUGCUGUGUUGGCGUACAAAUGUCUGAUGAACAUGAUAUCGAAUUCAUGUCUAGCCAAGAACUUCAAGCGCUUGUGCUUCCUAAUGUAGAGGCUUUGGCCAAAGGCGGUCUUCGUGUUCUUUCCCUCGCUUAUCGUCGCAUCAAACACGAAGGUCAAGUGACAUCUGACACGUUUUCGCGAGAAUAUAUUGAACAAGAGAUGAUAUUCCUCGGACUCGUUGGUAUCUAUGACCCUCCAAGAACUGAAUCCAAGGAUGCCGUGGACGAAUGUCACAAGGCAGGUAUUACUGUUCAUAUGCUUACUGGUGACCACAUUGCAACAGCUACAGCCAUUGCACGCGAAGUCAACAUCUUGCCUGCUACUUAUGCCAAACCUCAUAUUGGUGAUGGAAAGACAGAUUUGGUCAUGUCUGCUCAACGAUUUGAUAAACUCUCUGUCGAACAAAUCGACGCACUCCCUGAUCUUCCUUUGGUCAUUGCACGCUGUAGCCCAGACACAAAGGUUAAGAUGAUUGAAGCACUCCAUCGACGCAAGAAAAUAGCAGGUAUGACAGGUGAUGGUGUAAACGAUAGCCCCUCUUUGAAAGAAGCAGAUAUCGGUAUUGCUAUGGGUGAAAAUGGCUCUGACGUUGCUAAGCAAGCUGCAGACAUUGUCUUAGUCGAUGAUAACUUUGCGACAAUUGUCAAGGCAAUUGAAGAAGGACGUCGUGUGUUUGGAAAUAUUGCACGUUUUGUGGUGCAUAUGGUAUCUGGAAAUGUAGCUGAAUUGACACCUUUACUUUUGGGACUUGCCUUUGUGGAUGCUCAUGGUGAAUCUGUUUUCCCCAUGUCACCUGUACAGAUUUUGUUCAACAAUAUCAUCACUAGUUCUCCUCCAGCUAUGAGCUUAGGCCUGGAACCUAUUCACAAGGACCAAAUGCUUCAACCUCCCCGUAGUCGAAAAGAUGGCCUAUUCUCUUACUCUAAUCUGAUAGACAUUCUUUUUUAUGGUGUCACUAUUGGUAUCAUUUGUCUGAUGAACUUUAUUGUUGUUGUCUACGGUUGGGGAACGGGUAACCUUGGGGAAAACUGUAAUCGUUAUUACUCUGAAGCGUGUGAAGAAGUGUUUCGUGCGCGUGGUGCUCUCUUUGCGACGCUUACUGUCAUCAUUCUUGUACAUGGCUUCACUUGUCGUGACCUUCGCAAUCCAACAUGGACAUGGUCCGCCUUAACCGGUCAACAAAACAAGUAUCUUUUCUGGAGCACUUUGUUUGGAUUUGUUCUCUUGAUCAUUACACUCUAUGUUCCCGUUUUGAAUACAGAAGUCUUUAAGCAUAAGCCUAUUACAUGGGAAUGGGGUAUGACAGCUGCUUCUGUCAUUGUAUAUAUUAUGAUCGUAGAAGCUUACAAAGGAAUCAAGAGAAAGUUCUUUUAG